UCGAUUUUGAGGUGAGCAAGAGACCGUGCCUCUCCGGUGGACGGACGGUGUGACCGUCUCUGACACAAACUUUAAUUCGUCUGAGUGAGUCCACGGAUUGGCGCCUGUGAACAAGCUGUGUAACCGACGCGGGGAUUAAUCUGACGAGAGCUCGUCUAAGCCACAUCCACAGCGCAGCCUCGCUCGGCUCUUCUCCUUUCUGCCGUCCCUGCGCUCCUUACGGUGCGAGGAAGCGACCCGGUCUCUGGGUAAACGAGGACACUCAUUUCUGUUGUGACAGUGUUAUGCUCGGCUGUCAAAUUAGCAGUCGACCAGUACAGAACACCGGCUUUCUCUCUUUCACAUGGGCGAAGACGUGGAGCGGUCCUGCGCCCAGACUCACCGCGGAGGAGACGUAGGAGACGGGGAAAGCGGAGCGUCUCUCGACGCGGACAGAGAGAGGAGAUACGCGGAGCUGUUCAAGCAGCUGGACUUGAAUAAAGAUGGGAGGGUUGACAUCAACGAACUGAGGACCGGACUAGCAGCUCGAGGGUUACACCAGGGAGAGGCAGAGGAGAUAGUCCUCGAGAGCGACAUCAACCAUGACGGUUUGCUGGACUUCCAGGAGUUCUCUCAGUACCUGCGGGCGCAUGAGAAAAGGCUGCGGCUCAUGUUCCACAGUCUUGACCGCAACAACGAUGGUCAAAUUGAUGUGGGAGAGAUCCAGCACUCACUGCACAAGCUUGGAGUGAAGGUUACCAUGGAGCAGGCCUCCAGAAUACUGCAGAGUAUGGACAAGGAUGGCACUAUGACCAUUGACUGGAUUGAAUGGCGUGAUCACUUCCUGUUCAACCCUUUUCACAACAUGGAGGAGAUCAUCCACUACUGGAAACACUCCCAUAUGUUUGACAUUGGGGAACAUCUGACGGUACCAGAUGAGUUUUCAGAGCAGGAGCGGCGGACAGGUCUGGUGUGGAGGCAGCUGGUUGCAGGAGCUAUGGCAGGAGCUGUGUCCCGGACAGGAACUGCUCCUCUGGACCGCCUGAAAGUCUUCCUGCAGGUACACGGCUCUACGUCUCGGGGGAUUAAUCUGUGGUCUGGACUGAGAGGGAUGGUCCAGGAGGGAGGCGUCAUCUCACUCUGGAGGGGAAAUGGCAUUAAUGUCCUCAAGAUUGCACCUGAAUCUGCCAUUAAGUUUAUGGCCUAUGAACAGAUCAAGUGGCUGAUCCGAGGCAGUAAAGAGGGGGGCAGUUUAAGGGUACAAGAGAGGUUCAUUGCUGGCUCUCUGGCAGGAGCUAUUGCCCAGACCAUCAUCUAUCCCAUGGAGGUGCUGAAGACUCGUCUUACAUUGAGGAAGACAGGACAAUACUCCGGUAUGGCUGAUUGUGCCAGAAAGAUCCUGAAGACGGAGGGAAUUCGGGCCUUCUACAGGGGCUACCUGCCAAAUACACUGGGCAUCAUCCCCUAUGCUGGUAUUGACUUGGCUGUGUAUGAGACUCUGAAGAACGCCUGGCUCCAGAGGAACUGUGCACAUUCAGCAGAUCCAGGAGUUUUGGUCCUGCUCGGCUGUGGCACAAUCUCCAGCACCUGCGGCCAGCUGGCAUCCUACCCCCUCGCUCUCAUUCGGACACGUAUGCAGGCACAAGCCAUCACUGAGGGUAAACCCAAGCUGACCAUGGUGGGCCAAUUCAAAUACAUCAUAUCUCAUGAAGGUGUACCGGGCCUUUAUCGCGGCAUCACCCCCAACUUCCUAAAAGUCAUUCCAGCUGUCAGUAUGUCCUACGUGGUGUAUGAGCACAUGAAAAAAGUCCUCGGGGUGGGUUACUAGACUGAGACCAAGAAGAGAGAUUAACAACAAAAAGGACAGAGAAAGCAAAGACUUUAUUAUGCAGGUCUGAAGAAGCAGAGGUGAAGUGAUGAUACAGCUCCUAAGACAUCAGCAGGGAAAGAAAGAAGUCUAGAAUGAAGACAGAAGAGAAAAGACGCCAUUUAACAGAUGGGGAUGAUACUGCUGUACAGUAUGCUGCACUUCCUGUUGACUUGUUGUGGAAUUUGGAGAAUGAUGUUAAUGUUUGUCCACUUUGACACCAUUAUGCCACAUACACACAAGAAAUGCAGUUAGUCCCAGUGUAUUUGGAUUUUAACUAAUGUCUCAACUUGGUCCUCAGCACACAGUCAUAAAUACAUUUUACAGUUUUUUUGGAUUGCUUAAGCACGAUUUUCAAAACAGGGCCCGUGUUUUCAAAACACUACACACAAUUAGCACAACCACACAUUCAAAUAGCAAAACACUACAGAUGCUUUGCAUAAUUAAACACUCUUGUAAAAACUAUACACUUCUGUUUAAAAACCACACUUUUCACAUUACUAUACUCUGUUUGCACGAGUUACACUCUGCUGUGAUAAACCUAAAACACUUUUAGCACUUCUACUGCCCUACGAUUAGAGAAGGCUACCAUCAACAAAGUACAAAUAUAAUGUAAAUUCACCAAACACUACACAAGACCAAUGUUGCAGACUGAAGAAACUCAUUUAUUUCUCAACACGCCCAAAAUGUUGACAUGGAGAUUCAUAAUACUGUAACAAAAUGUCACUUUACGUAGUGUACUGUAAGUUUACUGUAAAAAAAUCAACAUCGCAGGCAAUGUUGUCAAGAAACGUCUUGAAUGACGAAUCCAUCCUUGCAUUGCCGCUACCUCCAUCUGGUCACAGGCCUCCUCCACGGCUUGGAUGAGGGGUACCUCAGCUUGGAGACGGAGAUCCUUUACCUUCCACCGCCAUGCCGAGAAAAACUCUUCUAUAGGGUUGAGGAAUGGAGAGUAUGGUGGAAGAUAUAGGACGGUGAAAUGUGGAUGUUGCUGAAACCAGUUCUGAACCAGAGCAGAGCGGUGGAAAGACACUUUGUCCCAGACAACAAUGUAUUGCAUAUGAUCGAUUUGAUUUGCUGCUGUUAUGUUGUGCAAUCGGUCCAAGAAUGUAAGUAUGAGUGCUGUGUUGUAAGGGCCCAUAUGGGCAUGGCAGUGGAGGACCCCAUUCUGUGUAAUGGCUGCACAGAGUGUUAUAUUACCCCCACGUUGCCCUGGGACGUUGACUAUAGCCCUGUGGCCAAUGAUGUUUCUUCCCCUCCUUCGUGUUCUCGUCAGGUUGA